UUAAACUACUACUAAAAUCAAAUAAGAAGUUCAAAUAAAUAUUUAAAAUAACCACUAAAAAGAAUCAAUUACCUAAACUUAAAUUACCCUAACUUAACUCUAUGUGAACGUUCAUUCAAUUUAAAUGCAAAGCUCAAAAACCACAACAAUUCAGAUGGAAAUUGUCUAAGCAGUGAAGUAGGUGACAUUAAACAAACAAAUUAUUUAAUUUGCAAAUUGGAAAUGGCUUUGGAUAAACAUAAGUAGUUCUGGUUGGAAUUUAGUGCGGUUUCAGCCGAAGAUGCGAGUGCCACGUAAACGCCGACACGCUCUGUUUUGGAGCCAACAAAAUCGACCGAAGCCGCAGCCAACAAAUCACUGCAUUUCGCUGGCCACUUGGAGGCGAAUCCUGUCCAGAAACACGGAUGAGUUCUGUCGCAGUACCACAAUUCAUGGAUUGAAGUAUAUCAACAACAGCAAACUGCGGAACAUUGAUAGGCUGUUUUUCGGCAUAGCCCUGUUGGCGGUGCUCUCCUUCGCCAUUUACCUGAUACAGGACGCCUUCGAUAAGUGGAACACCACGCCGGUGAUAGUGGGCAUCGAUCCAGAGCUAACUUCCAUUACCAACGAGCCCUUUCCGGCGGUCACCAUCUGCAAUUUAAACCAGGCUCUGGCCAAAAGGGUCCAACUCUUGGCCAACGAUUCCGCGGAGCUUGCAAUGCUGCAGUUGCUCUGUCGUCGCAAGGUGGAUGUCGAAAUGGUCAACGGAAAUGCUUGCAACUGGGAGGAGUUUAUAAUCAAUAUUUCACAGCCCUGCAAGUCAAUGGUGAUUAACUGCCGAUUUGGCGCCGAUGAUUACGAAUGUGGGCGUUUGUUCCACCCAAUUGUGACCGAUGAAGGUCUAUGUUGUGUUUUUAAUAUGCUGCAUCCAAGGUUUAUGUACCGAAAAAGCGUUCCCUAUUCGCAUCGCAACAUUAGCCUGCCCGCGGGCUUCCAAUCGGUCAACUGGCACGCGGAAUCGGGCUAUCGCAAGCGGGGCUCCCAGCAGCAGGAUGCGGACAGUCCGCUGCACCCACGACGAGCCCAGGGCACUGGCGAAUCGCUGGGGCUGUCGCUCACGCUGGACGUGCAGGCGGAUGCCUACUACUGCUCCUCGUCCAGCAGCGUUGGCUUCAAGGUCGCCCUGCACAGUCCCAAUGAGUCGCCCAAUGUGCGCGAGACCGGCGUGCUGUUGGCGCCCGGAAUGGAGACCAAACUGCGCAUAGAUCCGGCCAAAAUCCUGACCGAGAAGCAUCUGCGCCAUGUGCAGCGACAGAGCAGGCGGUGUUUGUUCCGCAACGAGCUGAAACUGCGCUGGUUUGCCCACUACACUCAGAGAAACUGCGUGGCCGAGUGCCUGUCGGGCUGGCUAAUACGCCACUGCGGCUGCGUGGCCUUCUACAUGCCGCGAUUGAACCGCAACGACACCGUCUGCUCGCUGCGCCAGCGGGACUGUGUGGAGCUCAUCCGGUUCAGGACCAUUGUGGCCAUGGAGUCGUGUCUGGAGGAGUGCCUGCCCUCGUGCUUCGAUCUCACCUUCAGUGGCAUCGCCUACUCCACGCGGAUAUCGCGAAUGCCAUUGCACUUCGGCUGGAACUUCACCGACUCGUAUGUGGAGCGCAGCGUGGCCGUGGUCAAUAUGUACUUCAUGGAUCCCACUUUCAGGGCCCACAAGCAGACCGAGUUCAUUGGCUUCUCCGAUUUUUUGUCUUGCGUUGGCGGACUCAUGGGCCUGUUCCUGGGCUUCAGCUUCCUCUCCAUUGCCGAGUGCGUGUACUUUGCCCUCAUACGUCCCUGUCGCACUUGCUCGGAGAUGCGGCAACUCGGCCAGCAACAGGAUGUGAACCCAAAGAAGGUACAAAUCAGAUACAUUUCACCGGCCAAUUGGUUUCAGGCCGAACUGGCCCAUCAUCAGCAGCCGCACAGGCAGCACUUUAAUCCUGCUUAA